CGCGAACGCGCCAGUCGUGUAUUCAGUGGCGCGCGCGCUAACGUUUCCACCGCGCCCGCAGUGUAGCCAGUUCAUCGUACACGGGAAAGUGCUCGCAAAUUAUACAAUUAGCAAAAUGAAUCGCGAAGCGAGAGAAAGAAAGGUCGCCGAUACCUUUGAGAAGUAUAAAAUUUCUGAAUGGGGAACGAGAACGUGCGCUCAAGUGGCUACGAAUGUGGUCGAGCAGAAGCACACGGUGUCGCGGGCGAAGCGGAGCCGCGCGCUCGGCAGCCGCGCUUUCCGCGGCAGCACCGUUUGGCUGACCGGCCUCAGUGGGGCUGGCAAGACCACUAUUGCGUUCGCGCUUGAAGCUUACUUGGUGUCUAAAGGCAUCCCCACAUACGCGCUAGACGGCGACAACAUCCGCACGGGCCUGAACAAGAACCUUGGGUUCUCGAAACAGGACCGCGAGGAGAACAUCAGGCGAGUCGCGGAGGUGGCCAAACUGUUUGCGGACAGCGGCCAUGUCUGCCUUUGCAGUUUCGUGUCGCCGUUUGCUGAGGAUCGAGAAGUCGCGCGCCGUACACAUACGGACUCUGGUUUCCCGUUCUUCGAAGUUUUCAUCGACACCCCGUUAGAAGUUUGCGAGCAGAGAGACACCAAGGGACUGUAUAAGAAAGCCAGAGAUGGACAGAUUAAGGGCUUCACUGGCAUCACGCAAGAGUACGAGCGGCCCGAAGCGCCCGAGCUGGUGGUGCAGACGGUGGGCAACUCCAUAGAGGAGUCCACCAUGCAAGUCGUGCGGCUAUUGGAGGCUAAUGGCAUUAUUCCAAGCUUCGAAGGCAACCAGCUUGGCGUCGAAGAGCUGUUCAUAUACGGGAACAGGUUGACCAGCGCUAUCGAGGAGGCGGCCAGGUUGCCGUCUGUCGAAAUUACCACUUUGGACCUUAUGUGGGUGCAGGUACUCUCAGAAGGAUGGGCUUAUCCUCUCAAAGGAUUCAUGCGGGAAAUUGAAUAUCUUCAAGCCUUAAACUUCAACUGCCUAACCCUCGCCGAGGGUUCCGUGGUCAACCAGUCAGUGCCCGUCGUAUUACCAGUGACCACCGAAAUCAAAGACAACCUGUCCGGCUCCGAGGCCAUCGCACUUGUGUAUGGCGGGAAGCCGGUCGCCAUAUUACGCGCUCCCGAAUUCUACCCGCACAGGAAGGAGUAUAGGUGUGGGAAGCAAUUCACUAUUCAACACACUGGACAUCCUUAUAUUAAGAUGAUCGAGGAAUCCGGCGACUGGCUGGUGGGCGGCAACAUCGAAGUGUUCGAGCGAGUGCGCUGGCACGACGGACUCGACUCGUACCGUCUCACGCCGAACGAGCUGCGAGCCAAGUUCCGGGAACUAGGGGCCGAUGCUGUGUUCGCGUUCCAGUUACGUAACCCGAUCCAUAACGGUCACGCGCUCCUGAUGCAAGACACGCAGCGGCAGCUGGUCGAGAGGGGGUUCAAAAAGCCGGUGCUACUGCUCCAUCCAUUAGGUGGAUGGACAAAAGACGACGAUGUGCCGUUGGAAACCCGGAUAAACCAGCACAAGGCGGUGCUCAGUGAAGGCGUUUUGGACCCGCAGUCUACUAUAUUGGCUAUCUUCCCCUCGCCUAUGAUGUACGCUGGACCUACUGAGGUGCAAUGGCACGCCAAGUGCCGUAUGAACGCCGGCGCCAACCACUACAUAGUGGGGCGGGACCCGGCGGGGCUCCCGCACCCGGCCGGCGGCGGCGACCUGUACGACCCGCGCUACGGGGCCAUAGUGCUCAAGAUGGCGCCCGGCCUUAACGAUCUCGAGAUCAUCCCGUUCCGCGUGGCGGCGUACGACACGUCCGUGGGGAAGAUGGCGUUCUUCGAUCCCACACGGAAGGAGGACUUCGACUUCAUAUCUGGAACACGGAUGCGAGGUCUUGCAAAGACUGGAAAGGAGCCACCCAAAGGUUUCAUGGCGCCAUCAGCCUGGAGAGUCCUUGCCGAAUAUUAUCAGUCGCUCAAAGCUAAAAUGGACACAAAUUAAGUUUUUUCCGCCCUAUCUAAUUAGUCAUAGAACUAUCGAAAUUUUGACCAAAUAAAUGAGCUUAAGCUCAUAUCAAAUCAGCUAACGAUUUAUUGGCUAAGUAUAUAAUGCAACGAUUGAUUAGAAAACUUAUCAUUCAAAGAGCCUAUGCACAAUUUUUUUUU